CAAGAUGGCGAGCGGUGGCAGCGGCGGGGUGUCGGUGUCUGCACUGUGGAGUGAGGUGAACCGCUAUGGCCAGAACGGCGACUUCACGCGCGCCCUCAAGACGGUCAACAAGAUCCUGCAGGUCAACAAGGACGAUGUGACAGCCCUGCACUGUAAAGUGGUGUGCCUAAUCCAGAACGGGAGUUUCAAGGAAGCCUUGAAUGUUAUCAACACCCACACCAAAGUGUUAGCCAACAGCCCGCUGUCCUUUGAGAAGGCGUACUGUGAGUACAGGCUACACCGCAUUGAGAAUGCGCUGAAGACCAUAGAGGGUGCCCAGCAGCAGACCGACAAGCUGAAGGAGCUGUACGGGCAAGUGUUAUAUCGCCUGGAACGCUACGAUGAGUGCUUGGCCGUGUACAGAGACCUGGUCCGAAACUCGCAAGAUGACUAUGACGAGGAGAGGAAGACAAACCUGUCAGCAGUUGUUGCGGCUCAGAGCAACUGGGAGAAGGUGGUCCCGGAGAACUUGGGCCUCCAGGAAGGCACACACGAGCUAUGCUACAACGCCGCGUGUGCGCUCAUCGGCCAGGGCCAGCUCAACCAGGCGAUGAAAAUCCUCCAGAAAGCUGAAGAUCUUUGCCGCCAUUCAUUUUCAGAAGACGCUGACGGGGCAGAGGAGGACCCUGAAGCCGAGCUGGCCAUCAUCCACGGCCAGAUGGCCUACAUCCUGCAGCUGCAGGGGCGCACGGAGGAGGCUCUGCAGCUUUACAACCAGAUCAUAAAACUGAAGCCGACAGAUGUGGGAUUACUGGCUGUAAUUGCGAAUAACAUCAUCACCAUCAACAAGGACCAGAAUGUCUUUGACUCCAAGAAGAAGGUGAAAUUAACCAACGCUGAAGGUGUGGAGUUUAAGCUUUCCAAGAAACAACUGCAGGCUAUCGAGUUCAACAAGGCUUUACUUGCGAUGUACACAAACCAGGCAGAGCAGUGCCGCAAAAUAUCUGCCAGCUUGCAGUCGCAGAGCCCUGAGCACCUGCUGCCCGUGUUGAUCCAGGCCGCCCAGCUCUGCCGCGAGAAGCAGCAUGGGAAGGCAAUAGAACUGCUGCAGGAAUUCUCAGAUCAACAUCCAGAAAACGCAGCUGAAAUUAAAUUGACCAUGGCACAGUUGAAAAUUUCCCAAGGUAAUAUUUCCAAAGCAUGUCUAAUAUUGAGAAGCAUAGAGAAGUUAAAGCAUAAACCAGGCAUGGUGUCUGCGUUAGUGACCAUGUACAGCCAUGAGGAAGAUAUUGACAGCGCCAUCGAGGUCUUCAGCCAAGCUAUCCAGUGGUAUCAGACCCAUCAGCCCAAAUCUCCUGCUCAUUUGUCCCUGAUCAGGGAAGCUGCAAACUUCAAACUCAAAUACGGGCGAAAGAAGGAGGCGAUCAGCGACCUGGAGCAGCUCUGGAAACAAAAUCCAAAAGACAUUCACACCCUGGCACAGCUUAUUUCUGCUUACUCCCUGGUAGAUCCAGAGAAAGCAAAGGCUCUCAGCGAACACCUGCCCUCAUCGGACAGCAUGUCUCUCAAGGUGGAUGUUGAGGCUCUGGAGAAUUCCCCUGGUGCCACGUACGUUCGGAAGAAGGGCGGCAAAGCUACUGGAGACAGUCAGCCGAAGGAGCAAGGACAGGGAGAUUUGAAAAAGAAGAAGAAGAAAAAGAAGGGAAAACUGCCCAAGAACUAUGACCCCAAAGUGACCCCAGAUCCAGAAAGGUGGCUGCCAAUGCGAGAACGCUCUUAUUACCGUGGAAGGAAGAAGGGCAAGAAGAAGGAUCAGAUUGGCAAGGGGACCCAGGGAGCCACUGCGUCAGCUGCGUCGGAACUGGAUGCCAGUAGACCUGUGAACAGCCCGCCCACCUCCCCGAGACCCGGCAGUGCAGCGGCGGUGUCCGGCUCCACGAGCAACAUCAUCCCGCCCCGACACCAGAAGCCUGCGGGAGCACCGGCAGCCAAGAAGAAGCAGCAGCAGAAAAAGAAGAAAGGCGGAAAAGGCGGCUGGUGAAGAGAGCGCUGGGUUUUCACACUGGUCUCAGAGACGCUGGGGAUGCAGUGAAGGACACGGCGGGAAGCGCCCAGCUCCCCCUCCAGCCCCGCGGUUUCAUGCCGUCGUUUCUUGGGCAUCAAACAGGAAACCAUGGUUUUGAGAUCCCCCUGGCCCUCCGGUGGAUGUCCCCCACCCCCAGGUUUGCACCGAUGAUGACUGAGAACGAUUGACGUCUGUCCGCUGCGGUGUCUUUCGCAUCCUUUAUCUGUGUGCUGAUUGGCUCUUUCGGGUUCACAAACAAGGCAUAUUAUGUAUGGUUUCCCAUGAUUCAGACAGAAGCUAUUUCAGCUAGAGUCAGAAGACACUUGUUCCCACUUUAAAUUAUGUCUUAGGAGGUCCUAGGGGACUGAAAUGAGAAUCUUCUGAGCAUUCCAAGUACCUGCUUAGAAAUACCAUGUGUUCAAGAGGGACCUAUUAAAACAUUGGUGUUCCUGACUUCAUCGAGUGGCCACAAGGAAUCAUUUUAGCCCUAGCUAUACAUCCUUUCAGAUGAUUCUAGAAUAGGAGCUCCUUUUUACGUAUGCAUUUGUAUGUACAUAUGGCUCCUUGGUGCCCCAUUGGGUUUUCAGAUUAUGUUAACGUGCUGGUGUAACAUCGUAGAAGACUGCAAGGAAGAUCAUCAGUGUUGCAAGAAGCUAACUCCUAGACCCCACGCUCUGAGCUGAAGUGGGUGAACCGUCUGUCCGAGGUGUGACUGCCCCCUCAGGAACACGGACAUGACCUCAUUGCGCUUGGAGGGAAGCGCUACCAGGCAGCGUCGGGAGCUCACAGACUGCUCCACUCCCUUUCCUGUUAGGGUUGUGUCCACUCGUGACCCUUUUGAAAGUAAUGAAGAAUUUGACGGUUGAUUUGUGGUCUAAGUGCUGCCUUGUUUACAAGCCACCUUCACGCUGAGCACACGGGAGCUGCCCCAGUGAGGGCUCUGUCCAGGCUGCCCAGGCCGUUCGGGACUUACCAGUGUUUCCUGUGACGAGAUGACUGUCCUUGUCAAUAAAGGUUGCUGUGUUUGACUCUGCA